GGCACUUGGCAUGGCCGAAAUGUUUUUGUCGGAUUAUUCUGGAGAGUGAAAAAAGACAUACACUGCAUUUCUCUCAAACGAUUUUGACUUACAGACAUUCUCUUCACAUUCGGGGACACAAUUUUCUUGCAGGAUAGGACACGAACAAAUAAUAUCGUCGUUUGAUUCAUGGAAAAAUUAAGGUGGCGUUCAGAACGCAGAUGACUUGAAAAGUGAUGAGGGAAAGUUGCGAUAGUUGACAUAAUUACCAUGGAAGCCGAACCGGGAAUGUCGAAGUGAUUACUCGGUUAAUUUCAUUGAAUGACCACAGUGUUCAUUGUGACAGCAGUUGCUGGUUGAUUGGUAAUUAAGACAUGGAUGACCCGAUUACCAUGGAUUCGAGUGACGAAGGCAGUGACAACGAGGGAGUGAAUGUGGCCGGGAGGAACAACAGCGCCCUCUGUCUGGCCGGAAAGUCACUACUCAAACCCAAACUAGACUCCAUCUUUGCUGAGGUGGAGAAAAACCUGCCGUCCAUUGAUUUUGACUUGUCAGAUGUAAGCUCAGACAGUGAAGAACCUGUGAUUUUCCAGCGACAUUUGAUGAAAACGUAUCUAGAUGAUGACGACAAGGAUUUUGACACGAGCCUCAAUGAGGAGUCCUUGUCGGAGCUUUUUCACGCCUCCCGUGACAAUUUCUCCUACAACUCCACCACACAGGCAGACAGUGAUGUUGGUAACUCUGCGUCACAACCUAUAUACGACAAUGAUCUUGCACUCAAGAUGCAGAAAUCAAACAAAGCAACAGCUUCUACAGGUACAGGGGUCGCGAGCUGGACGGAGGUCGUAAUAGAAGCAAGGGAAGACCCAAACAGCUUUACGGAACGUCCCCAAGUAAAACUGCAAAAUUGGCUGGAAGAACUGGAUGACACUGUUCCAGAUUUCUCAAAUGCUUUUAGCAUGAUGGAGAGCGAAAUGAUGCGUAGGGUGGAAAGUCAGGAAAAUCUGUUUGACACCGAUUCUCUCGAGGAAAAGAACGAUAAUAAAAACAUUGAAAAACACGAAAAGGAAUCAAAUGAGGAUAGUGUUAAAAAGACAAUGAACAACAGAUCGGGUGAUCCUAAGAUAGAUAGAUAUCUGCAGCAGGAGAUUCGCCGGGACCAGGAGCGAGAAAUCGUGUCCAGUUUGGUAUCGUCUCAGCCCCUCAAACUCAGUAUGGGAACCCUAGGCAGUCUGGAUAUCGACAUGGUUUUAGACAGUAUGAGUGACGACAAUCAGCUUGCUCCACCCAUUGUCCAGGAGGCUUGGCCCGAGGCCCAUCAUAUAGAGUCUGUCUUUGCCACAGGGGAUGGAUCCAACAAAACAGAGACCAAUGAAAACCGGACACUGAUUGAGAGACUUGCCCAGAUGUCGAUGGCAGAGUCCGGCAUUGACCUCACAGAUGUCGACCCUAACACAGGGGCCCACAAGGAGACAUCAGGGAGGGACAGUGGGGGGGAGCCCAACAAUGCUCAAGGACAGACUGACGGAGAGGACAAGGACAAAUGGGGUCGCCCUGUAAAACGACCUCCGACCCCUGACAGUGCUGACAAGGAUGACCUUCUGAAAGAAUCAAAAGUCGAGACUGUGAAGAAAACUGCGUCUUGCGGAACAAACACCUCGGGCACAAAUGACCAGCCACCCAAGAUCAUCAUACCACGCGUCAAACCUAAAGUGCCAGAAGUACAGGCUCCAAAGAAACAGGAACCAGACACUGUUUUCCUCGACCUGAGAAACUUUGACAAGACGCGGCAGGAACAACAGGAAAACAUCGAAAGGGUCAAAAGGAUUCUACAUAUCAAACCAGAGAACAUAGGAGACUCGAGUGACGAGGAGGAGGUGUCUGCCGACUGUUGGAGGGAUGUCAGGAAUAAGAUCAAGACAAAUCUGUCCUCCAAGGGUGUGACUGCCGAGGUACUGCCCGACAAACCACAGCUGUCAAGGACCUACACGGAUGCCCGCCAGCCCCAGAGGGUUAUAAACAUGAAGCCCAAGACCCCCGGGCAGGGAGACGGCCUCACAACCCCCCACCCUGAGGCACAGGAUGCAGAGACAGAGGCUAGAAGACAGGAAGAGGAGGCAGAGAAGGAGAAACGCAACAAGAUGGAAGAGGCCAAAAAACAAAGAGAACAGAGGGAGUCUGAGCGACAGGCAAGGGUGCGUCUGUGUAAACGGUUAAACGCCCUUCGUCCCCAGGCCUCCGUCAGUGGGAAACAGGACUCUGCUGAGACUACACCUGUGGUGUUUGAUAUUGAUGUCUCGUAUGAGCCCGCCCCACGCAGUCUCCCGACUGUCCUGCAGCCUGACCAGGAAUGUCUGCUGCUGACUGUACACCUGUCCAGUAACGGCGAGAUCAUCCUGCACCGCGGCAAGAGUAAAAGUGUAGACACUGGUAUUGGGCUGUCGGCUAGUUACACGGUCCUGUUGACCUGGCUGAUGUCGUAUGUGCCGGACAACUACAACUUCCUCCAGCCACAAGCUGCUAAGGACGACGAGGGCGGAGUCCAGUACCUCGCCCCGCCCUUCUAUGUGGUGGGCCUACAACAGCUGUGGCUGGAUGAGCAGCACGCUCUGGUGGUCGCUGUUACCCCGACACAACAGUUCCGUCACAAGCACAUCAAACAUAAAAAGUCAAAGGUUAAAGAUGAAGUGAAGGAUAGUUCACCGUUUCAACGACACCUUGCCAAAUUCCUGUCCACAAACACCCUCCAUACAGUGUGUCCAUGGUUACAGGAUCUGGUAUCCGGGGAGGUACCGUCGUCACAGGUCGACCCCGCGACAGGUAGCCCCUCCUACGUGUACCGCCCACCCCUACCAAACAUCACCAACAAACCGUUGUCAACCUUCAUGCAGAUAAACCCUGACCAAAGUGCGGCACAGAAAGUGUUUAAUACUUCCGUCGGCUUCUUCUUCCAGACCGUUGACAACGAGGACUCCAGCGCCGAUCUCACAUUCAACGACGAUGGCGUGAAUUACGACACGCAGAAUACUAUGUCUCUUAUUUAUAAAAAGAUUUUCCAGGACCCACGUGCUACUAUGGGUAUAUUUAACCGUGUGCUGCAAGAGGGUCUUGAUCUGGCCGGUGUACGAUUGCUAUACCCGACCCCCGCGCUUCUGAACCUUGCCUCCGGUAAACCGUCAGUGCCGACUGACAAUUCCGAGGCCAAGACUGAUCUGGAAGUACUCAAUAACAUUGGACCUGUACUGGCCGUGUCUAUAAGGGGAACAUUUGGCAGGACAAUCUGGCUGGACGCCGUUGGACCCUCGGACCCAUCCUUGGCUCGUAGGACCGACCCCAAUUCUUUGUGUGCUUUGUAUGGCGGGAGUUCACGUGACGAAUCUUUACUGUUCUGUCCAAGGAAUCAAACUCGCGUACACAUAGAACUGACACGCUGGUUUGGUGGUAGAGUGCCGCCAGGUGGCGUUAUAGAUGUUGGAACACCGUAUACCAAAAAGGAUCACCUUCGUAGCGGAAGUCCCAAGGGACGGAAAGGAAAGAAGGUCACAUUUAACGAAUUCCGGGAAAAGGACGAUAAACCCGUAGUUGUGCCAAGCAGACGACCUCCAGCAACCUUGACCUCUACAACUAAGAGUGACAUUUUUCUGGUCCUAUCCCCGAGUGUUGGACCUAGGUGUAUGGGUAUCGUAAUGGCGACUUGUCAGCGCCGUGGUUACCAAAUUAGGGGCAUCAGGAGGUCUAGAUUAACGCCUAAAAAAGCCUGUUCUUUAGGUAUUGGGAGUGAGGCUGUCCCCAUCUUCUGUCCCGGGUCUGUUGAAGGGGUGGAAGGGGCCGAAUUUGUAAAGGUCCGCGGUUCCCAGGAGAAGAACACUGAGGCCCGACUGCCAUGUACGCUACUGCUGUUGAAUAAGGAGAAUGCUGCCCACCACGCAGCCAGCCUGAUAGAAGCCUGUAUGGUACAGCUGACACUCCAGGGAGUCAUGGGUACAAUACAAAAGACAGUCGACUUUCCCCUCAACUCUAAACAGCUGUUCCACGCGGCACGGUACUCUGACGGACUGCAGGCUCUCCUUGGGGGAGAACUUAGCAAGUGUGUCGACUAUGAGAUCAGUGUAAACCCCAGCUUUGUGGUACCCAAGCUUUAUACUAACCCCGAGAUGGAGGAGAUCGUGGUCCUCCUCAUACUGGGCCACAGUAACCUCAAGAGUUGUGGCCUCCUCGUCGGUCAACUUCUGAACAUGGUGCCGUUCAGUAAGACGCCCAUCACCCUCCCCCUGAGUGAGGGCUUUGAACUGCUGGGUGUCAAGUGGGUGCCCUCCCUGACCCUAUCCCAGGCCAAGGAGGUCACUCCCUACGAAGUCGGGGACCGCCAGUGGAAGAAAAACAUACACACACUUACAGAUGAACCUGCACUUGUUCUAGUCCUGCGAGGUAUUAAUGGGUUUGAGAAACUAAAGUCGGUCAUUAACAACUUGUCCCAGACUCCACAGGGUGACCACGUAGAUUAUCUCAUGUCCCAAACAGCCGAGGAGGCGUACUCAUUCGCCCGCUCCUUCUACACCGAUCGUGAGCUGUUUGCCGACCCUCGGUCAAGGUCACUCCUGCCGUACCUACCCAGUGUUCGACACUUCCCUCAGGGCAGAGACAGGGAACGAGGUUCGUCUAUGACAAGGGAAUCUAUUUUUGACCUGAUGCAGCGAGAACCUCAGCCAUUCACAACCUUCCUCCUUAUCAAACCACGUGCUGUCCGCAGACAUUUAUCGAAAAUUCUCAAAAAGAUUGUGCAGGAGAAAUUCCACAUCUCAGCACUCCGCCAGUGUGUACUUGAUAGAGGUCAGGCAGCGUCUCUAGUGGACAGGACAGACAUGGACGAAGAUUUGUUGGAAAAACAUUUGACCUACUUAACCUCCGGCCCCUGUGUGUGCCUCACUCUGGAACGAGAGAAUGCGGUGAAGUACCUACUUGACUUGUUGGGGCCAAUGGACCCUCAGGGAGCCAGACGACUCAGUCAGUUCUACUGGAGGGGCGUGUUUGGGGCGGACCCCGUACUCAACGCUUUCCAUGCAUCCAAAGAUUACCUGACGGCUGUAACAGAACAGAAGUGUUUCUUUCCCGAGGGCCUUUGUUGUACAGCCAUUCCAAGCCUCCAGGACGAAGAGAUUCAGUGUCCAGCUGAGGAUCUGACAAUAGCGUUGAAGUUUCACGAAGAGAGAGAACUUUUGGUGCAUGAAAAACACGUCGUUGGCGAUGACAGUCUCACAGAUUCCAUGCACCAGCUACUGUUACAGACAACAUGCGUUGUAUUAAAGCCUGGUCUAGUCCGGCCCAAGGGGAGGAAGAAGUGUGGCUACGCCGACGUCAUAGACGGUCUCCUGGCAAACGGGUAUGAGAUUGUGGGUGCGAGGAUGUUGUGGUUUACACAGAAACAGGCGGAGCACUACCUCCACGUUAUACACGCUGGCAGCUUCCAACAGGUUCCCCUGUUGACCUCUGGCCCCUGUCUAGUCCUGGCCCUGGAGAGGGACAAUGCUGUCGUCACAUUUGAUUCCUUAUUAGGGAGUAGCUACGGGUCAGACUCUCUACUCAGUCAAUAUGGCGAUGACAUCACAAGACCUAGCGACCAGAAUCAGGCCCACAACAUGCUGAGGUUUUUCUUUGACAAGCUGAUGCCAGGAAGUCAAGUAGAAAUUGUAUAAACGGCGGCGAAACGAUGAAAGGAGGUAACUCAGGAACACACAGGAACCCAUGAACAGUAAAAAAAACAGAUGGUGGAAAACAUAUUUUUUUUAAAUAAAUGAAAUCCAUAUGCAGUUUGAAGUUAGGAAGGAUUAUUAAACAGGGAGAAAUCUACAGCAUCUGGAUAAAUUGUGUAUUAAGAAGGAUAGACAGUAUUAGAGGGAGUUAAAUGGACAAUUUAGUCAACCGGGCCCUGAAUUCUUAACAUUAAGGUCCUUCUCAAGUAUUGAAACCAGUAUUUACGGGCUAUUUUCCUUAUUGCAUUGAUUGAAAUAGCAGGGUUUAUGAAUUUCUGUUAGGGGAUUAUCUUUUGAAAUAACACGAUGGAAGAAUGGCUGAAAGUUUAAUUCUAAAACACUUGAGAGAAAAUGUGAAAUUUAAAACUAAUUAAAUGGAGAACAUUCGUCGAGUCAGGAAGUUUUGUGAAACCGAAGCCACAGCACUUAAAAGGAGAGGGGCAAUAUAUUUAAAAUACAAAAUGUACAAAGGAAAACGGCCUAGUUUCUUAGCCAAAGGACAGGUAGGCUCCACAUGAUAUGGCAAUGCGUAAACAAUUAAUAUAUUCCUUUAUAAAUUACUGAUUACAUCAUUAACUAUGUAAGAGUAUCACUUUGUCGAAGGAAUAUAUUUCUGAUAAAAUAUUGACAUGUGAAUUAUAUUGCCACUUUAGUAUGACAGAAUAUUUUGUACUUGUUAUCACUUUAUGUGUUUGUUUUGCCAUGGUUUGAAUUUAAAUCUUCACAUAUAUUUGUAAUAUUUUCUGAUUUGGAAUUCAAAUAAAACAUGUACAUAAGAAAUCUAGAUAAAGAUAGAAAAUUGGAAUUUUGAAUAAUUUUAAGUUUCUCCGUGUUAUUAAUGUGUAUUUGCUAUUUAACCAUUAAUUUCUGACCAUUGACUUUGUUAAUAUAAAGAAUGAUAUAAUUUUUUAUCAUAUCAGGCAUUUUCAGGAAUAUUGAACGAAUUUAAAGAUAUUCAUCAUAGCAUGCAAUCCUAUAUCUUGUGUUUUGUGGCAAAAGAUGUGGAUAAAUUUCAUCCAAAUUAAGUUCAUUGUUCUAUAUAAGCAAUUCUUAGAUCAUUAGUGAGGAUGAGUGUGAUAGGAAUACAUGUACGUGUAUGAGCUGUUUUUUGAUUUAUUGUCGUAUCUGAUUGGUUAUCCAGUCAGAAACCAUCUGAUUAGUAGGCGUACCUGAUUGGUUAUCCAGUCAGAAACCAUCUGAUUGGUUGUCGUACCUGAUUGGUUAGCCAGUCAGAGACCAUCUGAUUGGUAGGCGUAUCUGAUUGGUUAAACAAUCAAAUGACAUCAUCUGAUUAGUUGAAAUGAUAGGUUGGUUGUCGUAUCUAACUUGUUGUCCAAUCAAGGACAAUCUGAUUGGUUAUCCAAUCAAGGAACAUCGUCUGAUUGGUUGAAGUGGUAGAUUUGUUGUUGUGUAUGAAAGGUUAUCACAUCAGGGAACAUUAUAUUGGUUGUACAGUGUGGACUUUAAUAAACAAAACAAAAAGGUAUUCCGUCCUUACAGUGUGAUAUUUACAUAAUUUAUUUAGAUAUUUAUAAUGUCGAAGGAUCUCCAAUGGACUAGAUUUGUACUUUUCAUCAUUCCAUCAUCCUUGUUUUGUGUGUUUCGUUACAAAUUAUUAGUGCUGUUUCACAUUUUCAACGCCUCGCUUAAAGCAGUAUUAAACAAUAAACAUGUAUCAUUAAAAAAAUGUAUUUAUAUUUUCAUAACUAUUGUGUCCCUAUCAAAUGGUACUAGAGUUCAUGAAUAUUUAUGGUUUGAAAAGUGAAGCAUCUAUUUUUUCAAAUCACUAUUUUUCUGUAUGAAUUGUUUAUAUGAAUAUAUACCUUUUGUGAGUAACUACUUCAGAAGUUUUUUACGAUGUUGAUAACUUCAUGCAUUGGAAUAUUUAAGGCCAGACGGUGUAUAUAAAUUUGGCGGAUGAACAUGUGUUCAUCAAUAAAAAGUUCCAAUUGUAAAAUAUAGAAGCACUACCAUUGGGUAUAAACAGACAGUUCUUGUCAAAAUGAUUUUGUGUUUGGAAUGAAUUGAUGUUUUGUUGAUUUUCAAACACAUCAAGAAAGCAAUCGCAUAAUUUCUAUAAAAUGUUUUUCAAAGUAUGUUAAAACUUUACUUCACGAUUUUAUGUUUCGAACUCUGUCGAAGUUGGAUUCAUUGGAACUUGUCAAAUUUAAGCUGUUUCAUUUGCCAAUGAAAUUAAUUGGUUAGCAUUUGCACUGUGAGCAUAACAAAAAAUAUUUCACAUGUAGAGUCAGCGAUUUUACCUCGGCAUUGCUACGGAUUACAAUACAUAUCAAAAUUUAACAUUUUUUAACCCUUUCACCACUGUAGACCAUAAUGGACUCAUCCAGAUCAAUGCAUGGUAGAGUCUACUAAGGUGAAAGGGUUAAGUAGAAAUGUAUGGACUUAUAUUUUGUUACGAAGUUUGAUGAGGGAUGAAUUGAGUUGGAAUUGGGGCAAAUUCAACAUGAUUUCAAAAUGAAGUGAUCACAGGUCAUCAUUCAUAAACAAAAUGUUAAACAGAUUUGUACAUCGCUGUCUGUUUGUUGGUCUUAUAGGAAUUAUUCUUUUUAACCAUUCUCAAUCAAACUGAGAGAUGGUGCCAACCAGUGGAUUUAUUUCGUUUGCAUUGCCAUGUUAAAUUUGUUUCAAAACCAUCUCAAUUCAAACUCGACAAUAGCAGGAUUCGAUCUUCCGAAGACUUUGGAAGAGGAAUGUGUAAUAAGUGUGAAUUUAAUAAAUCGACAUAUCAUUGUAAAAAAGGUUGUCAAAAUAUGUCUGUUUGUCAAUAUGUGUGUUUGAGUCCUGAAUAUUACAAUCACCUCGUCAUAGGAAUGUCUUUUCAUGUAUAAUAGCAUUAUAACUCGUGUGGUUUUACUGAUGAUGAUCAAUAUUUAUUGUAUUUGUUAAAUAGACGUUAUGUUUAAGUUUUCACAACACGACAUGUCGUUCUGGCAUUCCGUAUAAUAUAUCGAAAACGUGAAUGACUUAUAUUAAGUGUGUUUCAUGUGUGAUCAUAACACCCUCUUUUUCAAGAUUUCAGAACUUUGAAGAGGACAAUAUUUUACCCACUUGCUCAAAACUUGUUUCUUUGGUCAUCAAAUGAUUAUUUCUUUUAAAAUGUAUUCAAAAAUAUAAGUUCCGUUCAUUUGAAACCGAUUGUUUUCAGUUUCUUUCAAUUUUAUGUUGCUAUUACCUUUACACCCUUGCAUCUCUUAAGUGAAAUGUUCAACGUUAACUUUGUUUUUAUAUGAUUUUCAAGCAGUGUAUUCUGAAAAAAUCCACAGAUUUCUUUGUUUAAAAACACAGGGAAAAGGUCAUUAGAAAAAGAAUGUAUGCAGGAUUUUGACGAAUUGUUUUUCAGUACUUCUACAAUAUCCAAUGGUAAAAAAAGAAGAUCGGCCAUUUCAUUUUCAUUGUAAAAUCGAGACCCUUACAUGGUGCAAACUGUUCGACGUUAAAAUCUGUGUGCUAGUAUGGAACGAAAAAGGUAAACCAGGUUUCUUUCCUAAUACAUCAGUAAAAUGUACUUUUUCAAAAUCGUUCAUGAUUAUUUUUGUAUUAUGUUUCAGUUAUAUAAAUUGUACAUAAAAUGUGAUUGAGUAAAUCAAUUUUAUAUGCACAUAAAACCGUGACCAGUAUAUAUACCCCUCUGUGAUACUUCAGUCUCGUGUUUCAGCCAUUAUACAUAAAGUAUCAUCCUCGAAAUUUGAAAAUAGGUUCUCUUACGUUCUCUGCUCCUCUGGAACAUGUCAGGAAGAAUAAGAAGGUUCUUUACGUGCCACAUGUAACAUGCAGUCAAAAACUGACCAAUAUACCUUUCCGUUGAAGACUACAGAAGAGCGACUUUCAACAUCCAAACCUGUCAAUUUUACCGUUCACUGCCGUGAAAUCCAAAAGAUACAACGUAUACAUCGAAAAAGUUUCACGGGAGUGAACGGUAAAAUUGACAUGUUUGGAUGCUGGAUGUUGCUCUUCUGUAAUCUGCAAUGGAAAGUUAUAGACCUAAAUAUUGGUCAGUGUUUUGACACAUGGAACCUGCCGAACAGACAAUCCGCAUGCCUUUGAUUUUGUCAUGUCACAUUCCAGUGGUACAGAGAACGUAACAGAUCAUAACCCUUGGAAAUACGGGGAUGACAUUAUUGUCUUAGAACAAAUGGAAAAUAUAUGCUGUAAUGAUUUGCCCUUAAUGGUAUUAACUUUGGUUAAUUGAUAUAUAAUGCCAUUUAACAGGGUUGACUUCAAUGUAAAACCAAUGCUAUUCAAGCUCGAAGCAAUCAGAAACGAACCAGAUUGAUAAAUAUCUGAAUUAACAGAAUCCUCUUGCUGUGGCACUAGAUUUGUAAAUAUAUUUCCUUUUAAUCGGAAACAUUAAAAUUACUGUACGUGUGUGUAAUAAAUGUCUAAUUUAUAAAGUAUUGGCAUAUUGUUGCCGUACUAUACUGAUUGUGAUAUGUGUGAGAACGGGAUGGAAAUUAAGAAUUUAAAGAUGCUUGCGUUGUAUUAUCAAUUUGUUUUGCUUUUCAAUUCUUAGCUGAAAUUUAACAUUCCAAAUAAAAAAAAGAGUUAUUUACAAUCAUAUUCCAUGAAAAAUGGUUGAAAAAUACAAUUGUUUUA